AUGUCAGAUAUAUUUACGGACACUGAGAUGGAUGAGCAAUACCAGGAGGACGAUGUCAUUAACCAACAAGAAGAGCUAGUUUGUGACCAAGAUAUGACGGAUGAACAGAAUGAAUUCGAACAAGAUUUCAGAGAUGAAUUUACUGAGGGAGCGUAUUUUUUUGAAUUUAAUCCGUCAAAAGAUACCCUUGAAGCUGCUUAUGUGGUUGACUCCAUGCAAGACAUUACAAUUUUGAAUUUCAGUGAAAAUUGUGCGGAAGAAAUUGGUAAAUAUCACUUUUCUACUUUUCAUCUUGUAUUUAAAUUUUAUCUAAAGUACUCAAAGUCAAAGGGCUUUAGUGCAAGGAAAAGUAAGACUUUCAAGAAUAGUAUUGGCAAGGUUUACAAACAAAAGUUUGUAUUUUCUAGGCAAGGAUUCAGGGAGGAGAAGUAUUACACAAUGGAAAAAAUUAAGAAGGAGCCUAGAUUGGAAACAAGAACUGGGUGUGAAACCCGAAUGGAUGUUAAAUUUGUACCAGAAACUGGAAGGUGGCAUAUCUUUUAUUUCUCUUACAAACACAACUAUGAUCUAUUGGAUACACAAUUCAGUGCUACGCUGCUUGCCCACAGAAAAAUGUCAGAGGAAGAUAUUAUGCAAAUGGUGAACAUGCUAAAGUCCGGGAUUAGCACUUCACAGAUAUUUGGUCUUCUAGCUAGUCAAGCAGGCGGGUAUGAAUUUGUUGGCUAUGGUCCCAAAGAUAUGUACAAUGAGAUUGCUCGGCAAAGGCCUCAACUUCUUGGUGAUGCAGCACGAGUGUUGAAGAAGUUGGAGGAUAUGCGGUUGAAGGAUCCACAAUUAUAUUUCAAGGCAUGUCAUGAUUCAAGAGGUUUGUUUCAUAACUUGUUCUGGUCUAAUGGGAUUAGCCAACUAGACUACCAACUCUUCGGGGAUGUUAUUGCUUUUGAUACUACGUACAAGAAGAACAAGUAUAGUUUGUCCAUUAGUCAUAUUCAGCGGGCUCAUGUUUGCAAUGAAGGAAAAAUCAUGUUGGGAGACUACAAGAUUCCCGUGUUUAAGUGUAAGUGGGUUCAUCUUAUUGAAGAAUUUGGCCUUGAGGAUAAGCCGUGGGUGAACAACAUGUAUGAAGUGAAGCCUAUGUGGGCUACUACAUAUAUAAGAGGAUCUAAUGCUGAUUAUGAAUCUACACGUGGGGUGUUCGUCAUGCAGACUUGUAUAGAGAUGCUAGAGAGAUUUUCUGCUGAGGUAUACACUCAUGAGGUAUUUCUAUUAUUUCAGCCAUUUCUUUCUAGAGCUGGAUCAAUACGGGUGCUAAACAUAGAGAAUAACGAUGAUUGCAUAAAGUACAGUAUGUGUAAGCAUGGGAGGCCUGAUUUUCUAUGGACCGUUGAAUUUUGUCAAGAAGAAAUGAUCUUCAUGUAUACCUAUUUAAGAAUGGAGUCAUUUGGAAUUUCUUGUGAACAUAUUGUGAAAGUUCUGGUUGACAGAGACAUUUGCUCAGGACAACCAUCUAAGAAGAAGCAGCAACAUUGUAGUGUUUGUCAAAUGGAAGGACAUAAGAAGACAACAUGUCCUUGGCAAAAGGACAUUGACAACAACGUUAUAGAAAAUGAAGCUAAUGGUUCGGAUGAUGGCGACAUGUAUACCGAACCAACAACUGAUUUAGAUAGUGAUAAUUAG